GCUCGUUGUCUGAGACAACUUUCAUUCAACAGUUGCUUUAUUUUUGUUUCUUUCUAUUCGUCCCUCAUUGCUUGUUGGUGCCCGUCAGCUUUACCGAUUCUUUCUUUGUAGAUUGUCCCACUUCAUAUCCGACUUUUACUUAGUCGAACCGCCAGUCAAAGUUGGGUUUCUCUUCCAUCACUAUUUCCCAUUCAAUCCACCUGGCGUGGUCAUACAUAUUUUUUUUGCUUUUCUUUUUUCUUCUAGACAAUCUAGAAAAAUGCAGUCCUACGCGAAGUUGCUCUUCAUCUUUGGGCUUUUAGCCUUGACAUCCGCCUCUCCAACCAAGAUUCAGAAGCGAGGUGUAUAUAAGGUCGAACGAGUUGCGAAUCCGGAUUUCACUGGCCGCAAUGGUCCCCGAGCCUUAUUAAAGACGCUCCGAAAAUACCGGAUGCCUAUACCAGCUGCCCUUGCUGGUGCUGCUACACAGCAGAAUGAGAUGAUUAGCAAGAGACAAAAUCGCAGGAAAGGAAAAGGCAAGGGUCGAGGUGGCGCUUCGAAAGGUGGUGCAGCCGGCGCGGCUGGAGCAGCUACCGGAGCCGCAACUAACGGAACUGGUCUUGUGACAGCAACUCCUGAGGCCAACGAUGUUGAAUAUCUUGCUCCCGUGAACAUUGGUGGACAGACUCUAAACCUCGACUUCGAUUCUGGCUCUUCCGAUUUGUGGGUCUUCAACACGCAACUCAGUAAGGCAGCCACCCAAGGUCAUACCGUCUACGAUCCCACCCAGUCCAAGACAUUCGCUCUUAUGCAAGGUGCAUCGUUUCAGAUCUCCUAUGGUGAUGGAUCCGGUGCUGCGGGUAACGUUGGUACUGAUACUGUCAAUAUUGGUGGUGCCACCGUCACCAACCAGGCUGUUGAGUUGGCUACUGCGGUCUCCCAAUCUUUCGUUCAAGACACCAACAACAAUGGUCUUGUCGGCUUGGCGUUUAGCGAUUUGAACACUGUACAGCCGGCGCCGCAGAAGACUUUCUUCGAUAACGUCAAGUCAUCUCUUGCUGAGCCUCUAUUUACCGCCGAUUUACGCGCGCAGGCAGUGGGCGCUUAUGAGUUUGGCCGUGUAGACACCUCCAAAUUCACCGGUGCCAUGACUUGGGUUCCAGUAAACACUACCCAAGGAUUCUGGCAAUUCACGAGUGAGCAGUUUGCCGUCAAUGGUGGAACUCCUCAAACGUCUACAGCCGGUGCGCAGGCCAUUGCUGACACUGGUACUACCCUCCUUCUCGCCGACCCCGCCGUUACAAAAGCAUACUAUGCGCAAGUUGAUGGUGCUGUUGAUGACCAACAGCAAGGCGGUUUCACGUUCCCUUGCAAUGCUCAGUUGCCCGAUCUUCAACUCGAUGUUGGUGGUAACAUGGCGACUGUCAAGGGCACCGAUAUCAACUUUGCGCAAGUCGAUGAUCAGACUUGCUUCGGUGGUCUACAAGCAACGCCAGCCGGCUUACAGGUUUACGGCGAUAUCUUUUUCAAGAGCAACUUUGUCGCUUUCAACGGUGGCAAUAACACACUCGGGUUCGCGCAACACGUUUAGAUGGGACUGUCAUUUGUAACCAAAUAUGUACAUCAUUUCUUUGGGGGCUAUGGGCACCAACUGUAUAUAGCAUUUGAGAUUUUCAUUUUUGAAGGGCGUGAGCCAGGAUAUAGUAGACUUGGAGAAAAUCUGCCUAGGACAGUAGAUUUACACUGUGUUUGGCAAGAUUUUGUACAUACCCAUCCAUUUUAGAGGAACAUUUAUCAUUGCAACACCACGAAUCGUCUUGAUGCAAAACAUACGGUGCUCAACUAUGAAUGAUGUGAGAUGACCAGACAGUACACAGUACUCAAGACAUGCACGAUACUUGAGCAACUAACAA